AUGCAACACAACAAACACGCGCGCACACAACGCGGCAAACGUCAACACGAAUCGGAACAGAGCACCGAUGUCUCCGUGGCGCGGUUGCACAUCAGUUUUAAUUCGAGAGGCGAGAUCGCGCACGACGGCCGUCUGUGCGCCGCGGGACGCGAUCGUCGACUGAGCCGGCUCAAACAAGCGUCUGACGUCUGGCGCGUGCGCAAAGCCUCCCGCAACGAAGACUUCGAAUCUGACGCGUAUUGCGGUAGGGCGGAAGGUCGAUAUUCGCCUGGGGGCCGGCCGCAGACACCUGUACAAAGCGUGCAGGGGUCGGAAGUGCGCGGUGCAGUGUCAUUUCCACUCUUUCCACAUUGCUUCCCUAAUAAAAACGAGAUUUCGUCCCCAGCGGCGGGGCUCUACGUGCAAAUGGCUUCGAAAGCUCCAGAGGAGCCUCUACGUGCAGCUACG